AUGUCGCCGCGCCUUGCCUUGCGCCACCUGGGUAGGGCAAAAGGCCAUUUCUCUGGCGUGGAGACGUACAAGGCGCAGCUUCAGGCUUCCCUUGGCUGCACUUUGGCACUGGGCACCGCCGGGCUGCUGGGAGUCGGCGCAACUGCGUACUUGCUGAGGCAGAGCCAAGGCGAAAGUUUUCCGCCUGGUUCCUUCUCGCAGUUGCCGCGACUCAGCAAGGCGGGAUCCAUUUGGGCCAGUGCAAGUUUGCCAGGGUGGCAGCACAAGACCUUGCACCUUCGUGCUGGCAAGGCGAGCCACAUGGUUCCCCUUGACCAGGUGGCCACUGCCAGGCUUGGUGGAAUCUGGGCGCCCGAAUGCGAGGUGGUAAGGCUUGCACGUGCCUCCGCAGACAGUUUGGGUGAGGCGCAGGCAAUACUCUGCUUGCGCGUAGCAGACGCUCUUCCUGUGGAGGGCAUCGUGACGGUGGAGCUUUGUCCGGGCUGCGGGCUCCUGGAGCUCUAUGGGCGGCCAGGACUCUACCACUUGCAGGACCAAUCCCUGCUGCAUUCGGCUGAGCUCGCAAAGAAGGGCACGUACAACGCUCCAGACAUCUUCUCCGGUCGCAAGGACCGUGUGCUUCGAGCGCUGGAAGCCCUGGAGGCUGGAAGCGAGCCUCAGCUCCAGGUUCUGCUGGAUGAUCGCGUGGCUUCCAGCGCUGAGGGCUCAAAGUUCUUGGCCUUGGAGAGCACUUCCAGCCAUCCGCUGCUGUCUUUGCUGGGGCAAAUUCUGGACUCCACGGGGGAAGCCUACAAUAUGCUGCCCUUGAUUCUGCGCGCACAGUGCGCAGGUGAUCUGAGCUCACAGGCAACCCAGCUCCAAGAGAUCUUGGUGAAGAAUUGUGGUCCUUGGCAGCCCAAGCCGGAGGACAUUGAGACUGCGCUGGCACGAGGGUUCUGGUCACUACCAGCUGACCAAAGCGGAAUGCACCUACGUGAGCGCGAGGCUGACCGCCUUCUGGACCGAGCAAAGCGAGAGAUGUGGCGACCAGGCAGCAUCUCGCGGCGAGAGCUGGAGACGCAGAUUCGGAACUUUCUCUGUUUGCAUCUCUUGGGUGAAGCUGCGUGUCGCUGCUGCAUGAGGUUCAGUUUCGUACGAGCGACCCCAUCCACUCAGGACAUCUUGUCGCAGAACCGCUUCGUCCCCCUCCAAAGCGCGCCCGGGCUCUGGUGCCGCAUGGAGAUCGCGCCGCUGCAGCUGCCUCCGUUGUGA